UGUCUGGUUCGUACUGGAAUAAUCCCUGCAGUGUUGGGGUGGGAGGGUUUUGUAGAUGGUGUGUAAGGUGGUGGUGCAGGCCCGCGAGGUGGCGUUGCUUCAGUAUGCAGCUCUUGUUGGUGGUGGAGAAUGUGGACCAAUCGGCAUAUUCCGCCCGCUGGUGUGAAAAGCGGGACCUGGUACCGGCGGUGCUGAUUCGAUUUGCUCCAUUGAGUAUCAAACUGCACUCUGAGAAUCUGGGCGAAAAAGUGUAGGUUUGGCUUUUAUUAUGCAUGCGUUCUGCGUGCGUGCGUGCGAUCGUGUAAAGUGCGCGUGCGCGAUAUUAUUACAGGCCCCCCUACCUAUUAUCUCCUCCGCGAAGAGAGAAGAUGGAGAGCUCCGGUCAAGAGGUUAGCUGGGAAAAGCCACCCCCGUACCACUACCAAAGGCUGCCCCAGAACGAUCACCCCAUUUCCACGUACACUCCAGUUCCGGCGACUCCCGCUCCCGCCCAGCCGGCGGCUCCCCAGCACACCAGCUUCAGUAACAACACCAGUUCCAACAAUGUGGUGGUAGUUAGCCAGCCAGUCGGCUGCACAGCCAAGCACAGUGAUAGUGGAGCGAGGAACCUGGUGGCCUUUGUGUGCCUCAUCCCAGCUCUCAUCUUCUCCCUCUCUUCUGGCUGUGCCAGUAAUUCCGGAGAUUAUGACACAGCCGCAAUGUAUGGAAAGGCUUCCUGUUGCUGCUCACUGUUCUCCUUGACCAUCUACAUGAUAGCCAUACUGGUCACCAUCAUCUUUGUUGUCCUAAUCUUCACCACGGGGCUCGCGUUUCUUGGUAUCGCAAAAGAAGAAGUGGCAUGA